AUGAACAAGCUUCAUCUCGCUGUCCUUGUUGCCUGCGCUUUAUGUGCUUUGACGACGGUUCAAGCCGCCCCCGCUCCAGAAGUGAAGCCAGAAGAAGCCCUCAGCUUUUUGGAUUUGAGUAAGCUAUCCGAGGAGCAGAAGCAAGAAUUGAUAGAGCAUAUCAUAAGAGCACAAAGAGAAUCCGAGCAAAUCGAAGAUGAAAAUUUGGAUAUGAAUAAGAGAGCCCAGACCUUUGUGAGGUUUGGAAAGCGUGCUCAGACAUUCGUUCGAUUUGGUAAAAGAGCUCAAACAUUCGUCCGUUUCGGAUAA